AAAUCCAAAUUUCCCUUUAAACAUACCGUAAGCUUUUGAAUUGGUUGGCAACAACUACAAAACAUGGGUACUCGAAAGUGGCAAUUGUGAAAGAUAAACUCUCUUGUGAUAGUUUCCCCAAUCAAAAGCUUUUUUAACUGACGAGUAGAGAAAAAGAAGGAAUUUUUGGUAUGGAUGAUCGUCUCCUGGGUGGUUUUGUUGAUCGAUAACCCACCCCUUACAAACUCUGUAUGAAAUAUAAUCUUAUGAUUAUGUUACACUAUGGCGGGCGAUUAAUUUUAGAGUGGUCAUCAGUACAAAUCGAUCGAGAAUAACAGAGAGUUGGGCCUUUUGAAAGUACCUCUCGGCGUGAAAGCUGGGCGUUCCAUUGUUCCCGGUCACUGAGUUGCUGUUCUUUCUCCUUUCUCAUUCUAUUUUCAACAUCAGCUUCCACCUCUGCCUUCACUUCCUCCACGAACUUGUCUACCAACAAUUUUAUUUUCCACCACAUUUUCAAUCUCUACUUCUCACCCCCUGUGUUUCCUAUCCCAUUAAUCCCAUUCCACACAAAAACAAUUAUUAUUGUCUUUCUUCCUUUUCACGAAUGAUGCAAUUUGGAGUGAGAAUCCAGCCACAUCCCAUUUUUUUACAAACUUGUGCUUAUCAGCUUCGAAUCUCCUUUUCAUGAAUGAUUUAAAUUUACAUCUUUUGUGUUUUUAAUCCUUCCAAAAGCCAUGCGAAGGGCAACUUCAAUCUUCAACCACGCUCCCGCCAUUUGUUCUGUGUCGGCUCACUCAUUAGUCGACGAGUUCACCAAGUUUUGCUAUCAGAGGGAUCUUCCAAGAGCUAUGAAAGCGAUGGAAGCAAUGCAUAGAAACCGUCUCUCGGCUGAUGCAAUUACUUACUCCGAGCUCAUCAAGUGCUGCCUUGUUCGUGGGGCUGUACAACAAGGUCGGCUUGUUCAUGAGCAUGUUUUCUCAAAUGGGUACGAGCCCAAAACAUUCUUGAUCAAUACUCUGAUUAAUAUGUAUGUAAAAUUCGGCCUCUUGGAUGAAGCCCGGAAUCUGUUCGACGAAAUGCCUGACAGGAAUGUUGUCUCUUGGACGACUAUGAUAUCUGCUUACUCCAAUUCCAAUCUUAAUCACAAGGCGUUGGAGUUUCUGAUAUUGAUGCUUAGAGAAGGUGUUCGACCUAAUAUGUUUACGUAUUCAUCUGUUUUGAGAGCUUGCGAUGGUUUGUUGAAUCUCAGGCAGCUACAUGGUAGCAUAAUGAAGGUGGGUUUGGAAUCUGAUGUCUUUGUAAGGAGUGCUCUGAUCGACACUUACUCAAAAUUGGGUGCACAACAUGAUGCCUUGAAUGUUUUUAACGAAAUGAUUACUGGUGAUUUGGUUGUUUGGAACUCCAUAAUUGGUGGUUUUGCUCAGAACAGUGAUGGGGAUGAAGCUGUAAAUCUUUAUAAGAGAAUGAAGAGAGCUGGUUUUGUAGCUGAUCAGUCUACAUUAACUAGCGUUUUGCGAGCCUGCACUGGGCUAGCGCUCUUAGAGUUGGGAAGGCAAGUCCAUGUCCAUGUUUUGAAGUAUGAUCAGGAUCUAAUCCUUAACAACGCACUUCUUGAUAUGUAUUGCAAAUGUGGCAGUCUAGAAGAUGCAAACCUUCUUUUCAAUAGGAUGAUGACCGAGAAGGAUGUCAUCUCAUGGAGCACUAUGAUUGCAGGAUUAGCUCAAAAUGGCUUCAGUGCAGACGCACUCAAAUUGUUUGAAUCAAUGAAAUCUAAAGGUCCAAAGCCAAAUUACAUCACUAUACUUGGAGUUCUUUUUGCCUGUAGUCAUGCCGGGCUUGUAAAUGAUGGGUGGUACUAUUUUCAAUCUAUGAAGCAGCAUUUUGGGAUUGAUCCUGGAAGAGAGCACUAUGGUUGCAUAAUAGAUCUUCUUGGUAGAGCUGGAAAGCUUGAUGAAGCUGUGAAGUUGAUCCAUGAAAUGAAUCAUGAACCAGAUGCAGUCACGUGGCGAAUCUUGCUUGGUGCUUGCAGAGUUCAUAAGAAUGUGGAUUUAGCCAUAUAUGCUGCUAAAGAAAUCCUGAAACUGGAUCCCGCUGAUGCUGGGACCUACAUAUUAUUAGCGAAUAUUUAUGCCAAUUCCCAGAAAUGGGAAGAUGCUGCAGAAGUUAGGAGGAAGAUGGGAACUAGAGGAGUGAAGAAAGACCCAGGAUGCAGCUGGAUUGAAGUGAGCAAACAAGUUCAUGCUUUUAUAUUGGGAGACAACUCACAUCCAAGAAUAGAAGAGAUAAAGAGGGAGCUAAGCCAAUUAAUUCAAAAAUUAAUGAGAGUGGGUUAUGUCCCAGAUACAAAUUUUGUGCUGCAGGAUCUUGAAGGAGAACAGAUGGAGGAUUCCCUUCAAUACCACAGCGAGAAACUGGCAAUUGUGUUUGGUUUGAUGAGUUUGCCAAAUCAGAAAACCAUUCAUAUAAGGAAGAACCUCAGAAUCUGUGGGGACUGUCAUAUCUUUGCAAAACUUGUUGCACAGUUGGAAAAUCGAGUAAUCGUCAUUCGAGAUCCUAUUCGAUACCAUCAUUUUCGGGGUGGUGUGUGCUCUUGUGGUGAUUACUGGUGACAAGACCUUCAGUCUAUUAUCAGCUAUUUGUAACACACUAAGAGCUUCUUUGGAACGACUCUUUUGCCUUGGAAUAUUCAAGGGUUGUACAAUUCCUCAAAGCUAGUUAAUCAGCCAUGUUAUCGAAGUUUGAUUGUUGUAAUCAAACGCAAUUCGUUAUCGGAGACUUCAUCAGAACUGGGAUCAGCAAUUACUUGACAGCAGCAACAGCAACAGCAAAUCUUGUGAGGCCUCGUUAUUGGUGUGUGAACACUGGAUACUAUUACCAAGAAGUAAGGUAAACACAUAACAAGUGGAGAAAUCCAUAGCCUAAUUGCAAGGAUGACCAUAGCAACAAUUUUCAAAACCCCAGACGAGAAGCUAUUAAGUUCUUCCGACAGUUGGGGACUUUUUUUUUUUUUUUUUUUUUUUUUUUUUUUUUUUUUUUUUUCCUUCUGCCCGAGACCUACUUGCUUAAUGGGGAAUUGGGCUUCUUCAAAUCCAGAUUUGCUCCGGUGAAAUUUUUUUAGAGAAAAUACUCAUUUUGUUAUAAUUUUAAACAAAUAUCUUAAAUUCUCAAGUAAUUUUAGUAAUAA